CUGACAAGUUACACAAGUAGGCGGAAAUCACUCAGGCAAAACGCAUAGUAUGAGAAGGAAAAUAAUAUCUCAGUGUGUGAGUAAAUCCGUACGGGUGAUCUGAAGAUGAAGAUUGCAGUGCUUGGAGCUACAGGACAGACCGGGCAGCAGCUAGUAAAGCAGGCUCUCCAGCAGGGACAUAUUAUCACAGCCAUCGUGAGGAAUCCUUCCAAACUGGCAAUAAACCAUGAGAACCUUAAGGUGGUGGAGGGAAAUAUUUUCUCUGAAGACAGUCUGAAGCCACACUUCACAGGACAGGAUGCUGUUAUGUCAUGUCUUGGGUUCCCACCAUCUAUGUUUUAUGGAGUCACCGGCUACACUCAGUCUAUGACUGCAACCCUCAGUGCAAUGCGAGACGUCAAAGUGAAUCGAAUCAUUACCAUGACAUCAUGGUACACGGAUCCCAAUUCAGGGACCAGAUCUUCAUUUUUUAUCCGCUUCAUGCUACUGCCAAUAAUUCGGAGUGUUCUAAGCAACAUGUAUGAGAUGGAGAAGAUUUUGGAGAAGACUGAGGACAUCAACUGGACUGUAGUCAGGCCACCUGGGCUGCAGAAUACUCCAGUUACAGACAAAGAAUUCCUGACCCAUGAAGGUUACUAUGUGCCUGAUGAGAACGACUAUCCCAUAGGCCAGACUGUAUCAAGAUCAGACGUGGCUCGCUUCAUGCUCUCUUUGCUCAGCAACAACACCUGGAUAAAGAAAGCAGUUUCUAUCAUCACCAAGUGAAUUAAAAGCAUGCUUUAUGCUGACAAUGCAAGGGAAUUUAAACACUUUUAAAGCAAACUUAAAGAGAUUCUCAUGUAUUCUAUUCAAAUGCUGUCAAUGAACCACUAACUAAUCUCAAAUGUUUUAUACAUAUCAUAUUAGUGAAAUACUUAUUAUAUGCUCUGCCACUUUGUGAAUUUCCUGAAUUAAGUUUCUGCGUGGGUUUUAGUUAGUGGGUGCAUUAACAUACAAAUGAAGCCCCCCCCUUUUUAAUUUUUUAUUUCUGAAGCACUACAAUGUCCUGUACAGCUAAACCAAAUACAAAAUCUCAGCUUGGACUUGGAUAUUAUAAAUUAUAUUUGGUGUCAUAGUCUGUUAUUCUGACUUCUUAAAAAUAAAUAUUUGCAUUUA